AUGGAACACCAAACCGAGAAGGCUUUCCAAAAGCAAGCUGGUAUUUUCCAAAACUCCAAGGACUCCAAGAAGCGUAACCAACGUUGGUUCAAGGAAGUUGGUUAUGGUUUCAAGACCCCCAAGGAAGCCAAGACCGGUACCUAUAUCGACAAGAAGUGUCCCUUCGUCGGUGAAGUCAACAUCCAAGGUCGUAUCCUCACUGGUAUUGUCACCUCUACCAAGAUGAAGCGUACCCUCGUUGUCCGUCGUGAUUACCUUCACUACGUUCCCAAGUACAACCGUUACGAGAAGCGUCACAAGAACAUCUCUGCUCACGUCUCUCCUGCUUUCGAUAACGCUGCUAUUGAAGCUGGUGAUGUCGUUACCAUCGGUCAAUGUCGUCCUCUCUCCAAGACUGUUCGCUUCAACGUCCUCAAGGUCUCCAAGGCCAAGAGCGCUGCCAAGUCUUUCUCCAAGUUCUAA